AUUCGCGUGAAUACAAAUUGAAAGGUCGCGAGGGAUUUCAAAAUAUGACCAGUGAAGGGAUUCCCGUUUCAUUAGGAAAGGUUACUCCGCCCUCUGUCGAUGAUUUCAUUUUGUUAAAACCCAUUAGUAAAGGAGCAUUUGGGUAGUUCAACAGUUUUUUCCUUAUGUUUUUGAAGUAAAGUGUUUCUGGGUGCAAAGGCCAACAAUUUAGACCUCGUUUAUGCUAUUAAAAUAAUGUCCAAAGAAGAAAUGAAAAAGAAAAACCUUGCAGAAAAAGUUACAUGCGAGCGAAAUGCCCUUGCAAUCAGCAAAUGUCCUUAUAUUGUCCACUUGUACUAUUGUUUACAGACUGUCAGCUAUGUUUACCUGGUCAUGGAGUAUCUCAUUGGUGGGGACUUAAAGUCGCUGUUAUUAGUUAUGGGUUGUUUGCAGGAGCAUCACGCUGCUAUCUACACUGUUGAAAUUGCGAUAGCCUUGGAGUAUCUCCAUAAGCAUGGGAUUAUUCACCGUGACCUAAAGCCAGAUAACAUACUAAUUGAUUCCAAAGGGCAUUUGAAGCUAACAGACUUUGGUUUGUCUACACUUUUGUGGAAACAUCCCUUACAGCCUAGUGAUGUUUUGAAUACGCCUUCUGUGGUCCCAUUACCUGAUCACUACUAUCGAACACCUGGUCAACUUAUUUCUCUAACUACUGAACUGGCUUUUACUAGUACACCUAGCAUGAAUAAAACGCAAGAGUUUCAAGAAAGAUAUCCAUCAACCAUACAAUAUGACAAAACGGAACCUUGUUUUUCUACAUCGAAUUGUUUGCCUGGCAGAAAGUACUCAUCUCCGAAUAUCAACCGAUCAAGUUUACUUCAUAAAUCUCCUUCAGAACUUUCUUUGAAGUCAAUUACUGUUUCAGCUAAGAAAACAACAAAUGCAUCAAAUCAACAACAUCUGGGUACUUUACGAAGAUGUAAAAGUUCCAGUGUCCUAGAAUGCAGUGGUAACAGUUAUAGCGAAUCUUACAAACCUUCGGAUCAUCGACGUUUAAUUCAUUGGUCGCCAAUUACAGGGUCACCAGUUAUUGAAAGCACUUGUCGAAGUUUGGAUGCAUCAGAAAGUCAUUUAGAUGAGUUGCGGUUAUCUACCUGUAGUUUGGCUAGUUCAGUCAAUCUUGAUUAUGAAUCAUUUGAAAGUCAAAUUUCAUCUAUGAAGACGACAUCUUAUACACCUAUGAGGUUGUCUACUAGGAGUAAGACAAGUCACAACAACAAGUCAGAAAUGCUUAGAAAUUCUAAUAACACAAUACAGAAAAAUCAUUCAUUGGUGAAUGAAUCAAAUGAAACACCUCCAAGUUUACAACUUGUUUCUUUAAAUCAAGACAUGAAAGAAAUGGCAGUGAAUUCAAAUUCAUGCAACAGUUCAUCAUCAUCAUCAUCGUAUCGGUAUAAUGAUGAAAAUGAACCAAGGGUGUUCGAGGAUUCAUUCUACUCUGCAAAAAGUGAUCUUAUUCCUGAGCCUACUUCUCCUGUGUCUAAACGGAGUAAUUUCCUAGAAGAGAGAUUAUCACCACAUGAAAAACUCAGACUCUGUCAAUUGCUUCACUCACCAAUACCUCAUUGUCAUCUAGGCUAUAAUGAUCCUUAUUGUUUAACUGACAUAAAACGCAAAACGUCUUUGUCUAUGCGUGAAUGCAUGUCUUCGCCAAUUUCGCAAAAACCAUCUUUAAAUUUUCCAAGUCACCCUUCUGCUUCAAUUGUUAAAACUCCGGUGUAUCCAUCAACUCGAAAUCUUCAGCUAUCUAUACCAGAUAAUGUACCAUUGAAAUCUGCUGCAUCAUUUAUGACUCCUCCUCAUCAAAUAUUGUCUUACACCCCCAUCACCACCACCGCCACCAUCUCCACCACCAAGUCAUUGUGUCCUACAACUUUAUCUCCUAUCAAUGAACAUAAAUCGAUAAAAGAUAACUUCAAUAAUUCCUCAGAUAAUCAUUCUCCAGCAAUUAAUUCAAUGCAUAUUGCUACAACAGAAUCACUGAAGCAUACCUCAUCUCCACAAAGUUUAUCUAAUCGUCUGUUAGGUACACCAGAGUAUUUAGCUCCAGAAUUAUUACUUCAUCUAUAUUCUAAAGAUGCAUGUGAUAGUCCAGCAGUUGAUUGGUGGGCAUUAGGUGUUAUAUUAUUUGAAAUGUUAACCAGUACAACACCAUUUGCAGAUGAUACUGUCGAGAAAGUAUUUCAUAAUAUACUCAGUUUAGAUAUACAAUGGCCUGUUGUUAUCUCAGAUUGCUCGGAUAACUCAAAUAGUGCAUCCUCAUCGCCAUCGCAAUCACCAUUGCCGUCAUCCUCAUCACCAUCGCAAGAUAAUCCUAUCCUUUCACAAUCAGCUGUCAAGUUGAUUACCGGUUUAUUAUCUUAUAAUCCUGUUGAUAGACUUGAAGUUGCCAGUCAAUUGAAGACGUAUGAUUUAUUAAAACCAGUUGGUGAUUGGAAUAAUUUGCAUAAUAUUGAAAUGCCUUUCAUACCUCAUCCGGAUAAUUCAAUGGAUACAUUUUAUUUCGAUAUCCGUAAUCAAUACAAUGCAUAUACUGAAGAGGAUUUACGUGUGCCUGUAACCUGAUAUCUGUAAUAGACUGAUGAAUAUUAAUUAAUUUUACUGUGUACCUUAUUAUUAUUAUUAUAUAUUUUAUAUCCUACACUAAGUGACAUUUAUUUAUUUAUUAUUCAAGUAUUCAUUUUAAUUUCAUAGUAUGUCUUUGUACCUCUUUUCCUGUUCCC